CUGACACUCGUCUCCAUGCGUGCAUGCUUAACCCGAGGAGGAUCCAAGAGAGACGGGGAACCGCAUCAUGAUCCGAAACCUCCUCGUAUGAAAGCCGAGCACUCACAUCCACUUCCUCAGCUCUCAACCAAAGACAGGCAUCAUGAUUCCUGUGAUGGAAUUCCGGCAGUUCUCUGAACAGCAGCCAGCGUUCAGAGUCCUGAAGCCGUGGUGGGACGUGUUCACCGACUAUCUGUCUGUGAUCAUGCUCAUGAUUGGUGUGUUUGGAUGCACUCUUCAGGUCAUGCAAGAUAAAAUCAUUUGCCUCCCUCAGAGAACCUCGUCACCUCCAGAGAACUCAACUGAUAUGGAUGUGAAGUCACUGCAGUCCAAUUUUUCAGCCGUACCAAGAGAAAUGACAGGCUUAAAAACUGAUCUGGACCUUCAACAGUACAGCUAUAUCAAUCAGAUGUGCUAUGAGAGGGCUCUGCACUGGUAUGCCAAGUAUUUUCCUUAUCUAGUCCUGAUCCACACUUUGGUUUUCAUGGUGUGUAGCAACUUCUGGUUCAAAUUCCCCGGCUCUAGCUCCAAAAUUGAGCACUUUAUCUCCAUGCUCGGCAAGUGCUUUGACUCUCCCUGGACCACACGAGCUCUGUCUGAGGUGUCUGGAGAAAAUCCAGAAGAAAAGGACCACAAAAAGAGCACUACAACAAAGUCCAACAUGGUUGUAUCUCCUGGAGAAGGAGAUCUUGAGAAGACGCAGUCCCUUCGAUCUAUUCCUGAAAAGAUUGUAGUUGAGAAGCCAUCGGCAAGUGUUCUUGAUAAAAAGGAAGGUGAACAAGCCAAAGCUCUGUUUGAAAAGGUGAAGAAGUUCCGUUUGCACGUUGAGGAAGGAGACAUCCUUUAUAUCAUGUAUGUUCGCCAGACGGUGUUCAAGGUGAUUAAAUUCCUUCUCAUCAUUGCCUAUAAUAGCACUCUGGUGAAUAAAGUACAGAAUAGUGUUCGCUGCGUAGUUGAGAUCCAGGACAUGACAGGCUACAGAAUCUUUGAAUGUAAUCAUACCAUGGCUCAUCUGUUUUAUAAGCUUUCUUGCUGUUACUUGUGUUUGGUGGCCAUGUAUGGAUUAACUAGCCUUUACACAUCUUACUGGCUGUUUUACCGCUCACUGAAAGAAUACUCCUUCGAAUAUGUGCGGCAGGAAACAGGGAUUAAUGACAUCCCAGAUGUUAAGAAUGACUUUGCUUUCAUGCUGCAUAUGAUUGACCAGUAUGACCCCUUGUAUUCAAAACGAUUUGCAGUUUUUCUCUCCGAGGUCAGUGAGAACAAACUGAAACAGCUCAACCUGAACCAUGAGUGGACUGCAGAGAAGUUACGUCAGAGACUCCAAACUAACGCCAACAAUCGGCUCGAGCUGCAGCUCUUCAUGCUCCCUGGGUUGCCUGACACUGUCUUUGAGUUGACGGAGCUGCAGUCUCUAAAACUCGAGAUCAUCAAUAACGUCACCAUCCCUGCCUCUGUCUCUCAGCUGGCAGACCUCCAGGAGCUGUCUCUCUACCAGUGCUCCUUAAAGCUGCACACAACAGCUACCUCCUUCCUUAAAGAGAACCUUAAAGUGCUUCGUGUGAAGUUUGACGACAACAGGGAACUUCCAAACUGGAUGUACGGCCUUCGCAACUUGGAGGAUCUCUGUCUCACUGGUUCCCUAAGCCCUGAUGCGUCCAAAAAUAUUGUUCUUGAGUCACUGCGGGAGAUGAAGUGCUUGAAAACUCUCUCCCUAAAAAGCAACUUGACCAAGAUACCUCAGUCUAUCGUGGAUGUUUCCAGCCAUCUUCAGAGGCUCUACUUACACAACGAUGGCACCAAGCUAGUAAUGCUCAACAACCUGAAGAAGAUGUCCAAUCUGAUCGAGCUGGAGCUGGUGCGUUGUGAUCUGGAGCGCAUCCCACAUGCAAUCUUCAGCCUGACGAAUCUGCAAGAGCUUGAUCUGAAAGAGAAUAACCUUCGCUCAAUAGAGGAGAUCAUCAGCUUCCAACAUCUUCGAAAACUGACUUGCCUCAAGCUUUGGUUCAAUGGUAUCAUGUACAUCCCAGAGCAUAUCAAGAAACUUGGGAGCCUAGAGCGCCUCUACUUCAGCCACAACAAGAUCGAGAUACUGCCUUCGCACUUGUUCUUGUGCAACAAGCUGCGCUACUUGGACUUGUCCAACAAUGACAUACGAUUCAUCCCUCCAGAGAUCGGAGUCCUCCAGAGUCUUCAGUACUUCUCUGUCACAUGUAACAAAAUUGAAAACCUACCAGAUGAGCUCUUCUUUUGCAAGAAGCUCAAAACUCUGAAGCUUGGUAAGAACUCGCUGUCCAUACUCUCACCAAAAAUUUCCUACCUAACUCUGCUGACGUACUUGGAUCUCAAAGGCAACCACUUUGAGCUCCUGCCACAAGAGCUGGGUUGCUGUCGUGCUUUGAAACGUAGCGGCCUUAUAGUGGAAGAGACACUGUUUCAAACUCUGCCUUCAGAUGUCAGGGACCAAAUGAAGGCUGAGUGAGAUGCCUUUAAGUAGCUGCAGUGCCUGCUGUUUGUUCUACCAAUUCAGAGCAUUUGUUUUGUAUCAGAGAUGGGUGCUUAAAUUUGAGACGUGCUUAAGUUAACGUAAAUGUGACAUAAGACUUGACUCGGACUCAGCCCGGAGAUUUGGGCCUCAUGCCCAGUCUUUUUAUUUUGUAUUUCUAGCUCACUUUUAAAACAAGGUGAAUGUUAUCCCUCCUGUGUAUUGCCUCUGCAUGGCAGCACAUGUCCAGUGCCUCAGACUAGUUUUAGGCCCUUACAAAUGUUGUUACUGUCUGUCUAAAUCUUUGCUUAUAUUGUACAUACUCUCAGAUUCAUAAACAAGCCAACUGAAGUCAGUGCCCAAAGCAUGCAGUGCCUAUAAAACGUAUUCACCCUCUUGGAUGUUUUACCCUUUUAAAAGUUCUAGGCCUACUUCCACUGCUUAUAGCAAAACAGUAAACAGUGCAAAACAAGCUAACUUAAGUCAGAACCCAAAUGUUUAAUGCUAAAUUGGUAAAACCAAGUGUCCAGAAGCAAGUUCAUUUAUACCUAGGAUUGCUAUAAACUUAUUAUAAUAUGUUUAUGUUGAUCAUAUAACUUUGAUGUUACCAUUACUUUGUGUUUGAGAGGCUAGAGGGAUUUCUUCAGGUAUAGUUCAUUUUGAACAGUGUAUGGAUCCAGUGUAAUUAUACACAAUCUAUGUACUCAAACUCAUACAGGUUUAAUGUCUAAUGAUUGUAGCAAUAUUUUCCUGUUAUCAUCAGUAGCAUUAGCUUAUACACUAUAUGGACAAAAGUAUUCUGAUGCCUUACUGUUACACCAAUAAAGACUGUAAUGACAUUCUAUUCCAAUAUGGAGCUGGGGUCCACUUUUUCAGCUGUAAUAGCCUCCAUUCUUCUUGGAGGGCUUUCCACUAGACUGUGGAGCAUUUAUGAGGUCAGGCACUGAUGUUGGACGACAAGGCCUGGCUUACAAUCUCCGUUGUAGUUUAUCCCAAAGGUGCUUGAUGGGGUUGAGGUCGGAUCAAGCCAUGUCUUUAUAGUCCUUGCUUUGUGCCCUGGGGCACAGUUAUGUUGGAAUAGAAAGGGCCUUCCCCAAAUGGUUGCCACAAAGUUGACAGCAUAGCAUUGUCCAAGAUGUCCCACACUUCCACUGCUCCACUGUUCAGGGUUGGAGUGCUUUUCAUCACUCCAUAGGACGCCUCGCAUAAGACUUGGUGAAGUGAGGCUUGCAUGUAGCUAGUAGGCUAUAGAAACCAAUUCCAUGAAUCUCCUGUCACACAGUUUCUGUGCUUACAUUAAAGCCAAUGAAUGUACAGAACUCUUCAGCUAAUCUGCAGAGUGUUGGUGACUUUUAUGCAGUUGUUGACCCCCCUCUGUAAUUGUACGUGGUUUUCAGCUUCAUGGCUGAAUUGCUGUUGUUCCUCAACGCGUCCACAUUCUAAUAAUAUCAUUUACAGUUUACUGUACCCAGCAGGGAUCAAAUUUCAUGUACUCUUAUUGCCAGGGUGGCAUCUAUCACAGCACUGCGCUUGAAGUCUCAGAGCUCUUCAGAACGACUCAUUUUGUAUUACAAAUGUUUGCAUGGAGACUGCAUGGCUAGGUGCUUGAUUUUAUACACUUGUGGCAACAGGUCUAAUUGAAACACCUGAAUUCAAUGAUUAACAAAUGUGGCCAAAUACUUUUUGUCCAUGCAGUGUAUCUGUUGUAGCAGUUUUUAUCAUUAUUCAUCAAAACCAAAAGGGUCUAUGUCCACAGCCAUGUUUUCCACUGGCAGCACCCACAGCCUCCGUUUCAGUGCACUUCUUACUAUUGUCUAAGUUAAAAGAGUUAACUUCUUGACUAGAAAAAGCAUGAAACUGGGAAAGCAUGAAAAAAAUUCAGAGGAAUCCUUGGACUGACCCAUGGAUUGGUCAAUGAGAGAAAAGGGGCCUUGACAAGCAAGGCAUUUUCAAAUGAGGGCACAGAAAUACUAAACAGCUGAUGCCAGGGAUGUUUUACCUCAGGAUGCUGAGCGCUGAAGACUCUGGACUACACAGGUUUUGUAUUUAAAAUGAGCGGUCAGUGUCAAAAGCACCAGCUGUGGACCCAGACCCUAAGUAGAAGUAUUUUCCUGUUACCUUCAGUAGCAUUAGUUUAAUCUAUUGCAACCAUUUUUAUUAUUUAUUUAAACUGUAAGAGAUUUGACUUGGACUUGCAGCUACGGACAAAGAUUUGAGACUUGCACCCAUCUCUGUCUUAAAUUCACUCAUUACCGUACUUAGGUAUUAUACUACUGUUCAUAAAGUUAAGUUUUAUUUUUCUAAUUGCCUCAAAGCAGGGAGUAAUUAUGUGUUCUUAUUUGUACAUACUUGUAUUAUUGGGCUGUUUAUUUCUUGUUAGCUUACAUGAUGUAUUAUUUGACAACAAAUGUUCCUUACGGGAGCUCUGAGCAUUUCUGGUGAUACACCUUUUUGCUUCUUUUAUGAGAUGUAGGUAAAAAAAAAUUGUUUAAAAACAAUGUGAUAUGUGUAAAUUAGACUGCAGCCAUCAGUGGUUAGCUUAAAUUAGCAUACAAGCAGAAACAAGAGGAGACAAAUAGCCUUGCUCAAUUAAUAGGCGUUAAAACAUCAUUCAGGCUCCUCUGAAUCUAAAUAAAAACAUACAGCUUGUUAUUCAGCCUUUAAAAAAUCUCUUAUUCCAAAGCCUUGGGAAUUUUAUUGAUUUAAUUAAUUACUACUGAAUACAGUUAAAGACUAAUGCUGGGCUGGAGAGAGUAAGGCUGGCUCUUUCCUCUUAUGCUAAGCUAACUUUUUUGCUUCAGCUUCGGCUUUUAUGCAUAAGAGUGAUUUCACGAUUCCCAUCUAAUUCUCCACCUGAAAGGGAAUAAGGCCAUUCUGUAAUCCUACCUGUGCUUAGAGCACAUUUUAUAUCAUUGCUGCAUAGAAUGAUGCUCUUACUGAAUGUAAAUCUAAACUGAAGACCUCACUUAGAUGUAAAAAUGCUAUAUUUUUUUAUAUUUUAAGCUGCCCUUAUAUUUUCCUAUAGAAACCAUUAGGUUUCAUGGACUGCAGUAGAGAAAAUGCAGAAAAGAAUAAAUCACAAGUAUUUAAAUACCUUGGCCAAAUCUACUGUUCUGUAGAAAGCUAAAUUUGAAGUGCAUUAAACUUUAAGGACUAUGUCAUACUGGUGUUAUUCCUAAUGCUCUCAAGAUGUGCCCAAGAAAAGUCUACAGCCUAUUACUAAAAGUGUAUUUUUAAAAUGUAUUUUAUAUUAUUGACCAAUAAACACUGAUUUAUUUGCA